GUGGCAUGCAGAAGAAGCUAAAACGCUGGCUAAAUGUAAGGAAGUAGAGAGAGAGAGAGAGUUUGUUGGUAGAGAAAGAAAGGUGUUGUAAACUCUGGCAUUCACAGAAAUCUCACCGUCCGUUUUCAAAAUUUCAGUUUGGCUGAUUUCCCCUUUUGUUUGUUCAAUUAAAACAUUGCAGGAUGGGGAGAGUAAAAUUGAAGAUAAAGAAAUUGGAGAGCACAAGCAACCGACAUGUGACUUAUUCAAAGCGGAAAAGUGGAAUCUUGAAGAAAGCAAAGGAGUUAUCAAUUCUAUGUGAUAUAGAUAUUCUCCUUCUCAUGUUUUCUCCAACAGGAAAGCCUACGCUAUUACAAGGAGAACGAAGCAAUAUGGAGGAGAUCAUUGCAAAAUUUGCCCAACUUAGCCCACAAGAAAGGGCCAAAAGGAAAAUGGAAAGUCUUGAAGCACUGAAAAAAACCUUCAAGAAAUUGGAUCAUGAUGUAAAAAUACAAGAUUUCCUGGGUUCAAACAGUCAAACGGUGGAGGACCUAAGUCAUCAAGUGAGAGUCUUACAAGCUCGACUCGCAGAAAUACAACAGAGACUGAGUUAUUGGAGUAACCUGGAGAAGAUCAAUAACUUGGAACAUCUUAGACAAAUGGAAGACUCACUCAGGGAAUCAAUCAAUCGACUGUCUAUACAAAAGGAAAAUCUGGAAAAGCACCAACUAAUGUCACUGGAAUGUGUUAACCAGUUACCAGAAGGGAUGUCUUUACCCUUAAUGAUGUCUGGUCUACAAGAAUCUCAACCCUUGUCUUGGCUUCUAAGUGGUGACAAUCACCAAUUGAUGUUACCUAGUGAACCAAAGUUUAUGCCAUUCAGUGACAAUGGCAAUAGAGAUGUUGAGUGCUCAACCGACAUAUCACUCCCAAGCUAUUCUGGUUAUACUGGGAACUGCAAACUGGAGGUGGGAAGCUCUCCACAUGUCACUACUUUGGGUCAAGGAGGUGGUACCUUGAAUGAGUUAAAUGGAAAUCCAAGUCCUUACUUAAAUGUGCAACAGUGUCAGCAGUUUGCAUACCCUCCCCCACAAGAUCUUGAGGAAGUGAAACAUCACCAAGCAAUCAAUAGCAAAUCAAAUAACGUGGACUACCAAGUUAAUAACAAUUAUGAUCUGCCAAAAUCACUAUUUGAAAAUGGACACCAGUUCUGGAAUUCUACAAAUGGCUCUUGUGGUAUUGCUAUGUAUAACGAGAACGGUUACCAUAGGUAAUUGGUUGAUAUAUGUCUGACUUCUACAAUAAAGAAGGAUGAUGAUGACUUAAAUGAUGUGACAAUUGAUUGCAAACUAUGUCUGCAAGAAUCAGAUAUUGUUGUGUCUUCACUUAUGAGAUACAAUAUUAUUUGUAUAGAGGAUUUUCUGUUAGUUGUGUAUAUUGUAUGACUUUAUAGGAUAUAGUUUGUCCAUAUACAAAUAUUUUGUUGCCUUAACUAACUUUUUUUACUUGUAGAUUUUUUUGAGUUGGGGUUAGUGAUACAAGUUGUAAAUUUGAAUUUUUGUAGAAAAAUGGAGUGUAAUCAUAUAUUAAUAUCAAAAACCUUUAAAAGUGGGUCGAACUUUCUAAGA